AUGCAUGAAAUAGAUUACAAUAGUGGAUAUCCUCAGGGAAAAAACAGAGAAGCAAUCUCCCCGGCCCUUAAAAGUCAGAGGAAAGGUCGCCUUCGGCCGCGCAGGACCGCGGCUGGGAAGGAGACAAGGGUGGCGCUCAAAGUUGACCCGCCCUUGCAGCUGCCAGAACGGAAGCCAGGGCGCUUUCGACUGUGCGCCGUGGGACGCCGUGCUCCGUUGCGAAGGGGAGCAAGAGAGAAAAUUCCACAAGAUUCUUUUCGUAACAGCUCUCAAGUAUGGCAGGCUCCUCUCAGCUUUAUAAGAAAAGUACAUUUCCUCCACUUUUGGACUCUUACUUACCUCUUAACUACCAGAAUCAGAGCAAAUUGGCAAAAAACAGAAAAAAACAAAAAGGAGCAGAUAAGGAACAACAGCCGCAUUUUAAGCGAGGAAGAAAAGGAUGAACUCAUCAAGCAAGCUCUGCUGGAAAAGCAUCAUCUUGAAACCUACAAGAAUCUUUACAAGAUAAGAAAUAUCUUAUAUGAACGCUACAAGACUUUAUUGAAUGAGAAAGUGCUAAAGCAACGAAUUCAGAUCAAGGCAUUUGAUCUGAAACAACAGCAGCAACUUAAGCGCAAAGAACAAAAGUGUACCCCUGGUCGUAAACUUCCUUUCUGCAAACUGUCUCAAGAUACAAAGUACUUGGAGUCCGUGUCACAGUCAAACAGCUACUGGGUUACUGGAUUGCAGAAUGAACUAACUAAACUUGGCAUCAUAAAGAACCAGCAAGAUUAUGAAAACUUUUGGAAAUUUGCUUGGGAAGAUGUUCCUGGUCCAAAGAUCAAGGACAAGCUUCCUGAUAUAAAAGCAAGAAUGUCCGCUGCUAAAUCUUUACUUUUUUCUACUCCAACUGGAAUCAAGCCACUCCAGCAAGUUAAAAGCUUUCCAAAUAGCAGGCUGAAAAAAGAAGCCAGUCAUGGUAAUACAAAACUUGAGGACCACUUUACUAAGACUUAGUAUGUGUACUGAUUCUAGCUUUGAAAUUAAGAAGACGGCCCCAAACCUUAAAAGUACUGCACCUAGCAGAGACCAGUCGAAAGCUCAUGGCCGAAAUCCUCCACCACCAGCUGAGUGAGUUGCUCUGAAGAUGACAGAAGUGAUCUCAAGGAAGCCACCAGGAACCUCCUGUGGCAGCAGCUGAAUAUGAAGGUAGGAGAAGCAGAUAGAUUGUAGAUAGGGAGGAAGUGUCCAUGAAACAAUAAGAUGAUCCAUGCAUUUCAGAAAUUGACACCACCCACCCAUCCAAUCCCCAAAUCUCACCAUCUCUUACCGUUUUGCUAUCUAUAGUUUAUGGCUGGAAUGGAAUCCUUGAAAAUAACCUCCGUAAUUUGAUCCAUAGUUACAAAACCUAUAAAUGUAAUAAAUAAAUAUGUUAUAAAUAAUAAAUACAAACACGUUACAAUGAUUAUUUGAUAUCACAUUGUGAUAGAGUAAUAACUGGUAAAACCAUGGGACAAAAUCAAAAGGGAAAGCUUAUCAUAUUGGU